AAAUUAAUGGAAAAAGCAGUUAUCAGUGCAAAAUUUCCUUUUACUGCUUGAAAUUAUCUAAAGGCAAAAAGCUUCACCCAACAUUUGGAGUUUGCCUUUUUGUUCAUUUGGCUUCUAGACUUAAUAUUAAUAACAUGGUGGCUUUAGUGAACUUUUAAAAAAGCUUUCCUCUUCUACCCACAGAGUUUUAUUUGAGUCCCUUAGUCAGUCAGCAAGCAUGUUUGGAACGGUCCCCGGUGCUUUGCAAGGGUUCAUAUUGCAGAACAGUCACGUAUGGGUAUUUGUAGUUAUAAAUACUUGACCAUUCUCCAGGGGUGGGGUUUCCAACCCUUUAAACAACCCCGUUGCCUGUUAUCAAGCCUCCUUUUUGCUUUAAGUGCCAGAAUUGCUUGUGGUUAGGACAUCUUUUGCCGAGAAACAAAUAAAAUGGAACAUAAUGGGUCUGCUUCAAAUGCUGAUAAAAUUCACCAGAAUCGCCUGUCAAGUGUGACAGAAGAUGAAGACCAAGAUGCUGCUCUUACCAUUGUGACUGUGCUGGACAAAGUAGCCUCCAUCGUGGACAGUGUGCAGGCAAGCCAGAAGAGAAUAGAGGAGAGACAUAGGGAAAUGGAAAAUGCCAUAAAAUCUGUCCAGAUUGACGUGUUGAAGCUUUCACAGUCACAUAAUAAUACAGGCCAUAUCAUUAACAAGUUAUUUGAGAAAACCCGGAAAGUCAGUGCUCACAUUAAAGAUGUGAAGGCCCGGGUGGAAAAGCAACAAAUUCAUGUUAAAAAAGUUGAAGUCAAGCAAGAGGAAAUAAUGAAGAAAAACAAAUUCCGCGUGGUUAUAUUCCAGGAGAAGAUCCGGUGUCCCACAAGCCUGUCUGUUGUUAAAGACAGAAACCUAACUGAAAAUCAGGAGGAGGAUGACGAGGAUGUCUUUGAUCCCCCAAUAGAUCUCUCUUCGGAUGAAGAAUAUUAUGUUGAAGAAAGCAGAUCUGACAGGCUUAGAAAGUCAGGCAAGGAACGCAUUGAUAAUAUCAAAAAGGCAUUUUCUAAAGAAAACAUGCAGAAGACACGGCAGAAUUUUGACAAGAAAGUGAACAGAAUUAGAACUAGAAUAGUGACCCCGGAGAGGAGAGAGAGGUUAAGGCAGUCAGGAGAGAGGCUGAGGCAGUCAGGAGAGAGGCUGAAACAGUCAGGGGAAAGAUUUAAGAAAUCUAUUUCUAAUGCAGCUCCCUCAAAGGAAGCUUUUAAGAUGCGUAACCUCAGGAAAGCUAAGGACCGAACUGUUGCUGAAGGUCAGGAAGGUGGCAGGGAGAUGGGUGUGGACAUCAUUGCCACCAGCAAGUCCCUGGGCCCCAUCAGUGAGCUCUACUCUGAUGAGCUCAGUGAAACAGAACAUGAAGCAGCCAGGGGGCCAUAUUCUCCCCACGAGGGAGGGGAACUCCCCACCCCUGAGCCUUUAAAAGUCACUUUUAAACCUCAGGUGAAAGUAGAGGAUGACGAAUCUCUUUUGUUAGAUUUAAAGCAGUCAUCAUAGUCAUUAAUGUAUUUGUGCCAUAUAGGAAAACACAAAUGGUAUUGCUGUUUCAUUUCUUAUAGUUAAAAUCUUGAAGAUCACGUGAAUAUUAAUUACAUUUCUUUGUAACUCCCUUUGGAAUUCUCCCUACCUUUCCAGCAGCUUUUUCUCUUACGUCACUCUCAUGACAGCUGUGGAUCUUUCAGUUCCUUCUCUUGCC